AGAUAUUAAAUUAAAGCUAAAUAAAUUGGCGGCUCGAUCCCGUGCAAUGUCAGUGCGCAGACGUGGUUUCUAUAGUGUGGUUCAAAAUAUUUUUUUCAAAAUAUUGCCUGCAACUCUAUCAAAAUGAGGCUUCUUAUCCUAAUAGCCUCAUUGUGGGCAUUAGCUGCUUCCAAACCCGAAGUGUACAAAGAGAAAGAAGACUUCCAGUAUUCCAGAAGUUCAUCCGACGAUGGGUCCAAGUCUGGGUAUUAUGGAGCUCAGAGGGGAAACAUGGGCGGAAACUACGAAAGGGCACACAAUAUGGACUCAUUAGCGCAACAUCAAAUGAGCACACUCGUGAGAAACGUUGACGGGGAACUCGGCGAAGGUGCCAACACAAGGACAGGGAGUGUGUUCGCCGCGGCAAAUUCCAGAGGUCUCUACGGAUCAGGCAACUACGAUUUAAGUAACCUAAAAGGAAGGAACUUCGGGGAAGGCACAAUUUCCGGAGAUUCACUGUCGCAAAAAUCAGGAUACUCAGAUUAUUCAGGAUACGGAAAUUCAUAUUUGGCUGCUAAUGAACACAGCAGCAGCCGAGCGCAGAGUUCUGGACUUAGCUCUGGAUUCCAAUCUUUAGGUCUAGCUUCACAGUAUUUGCAAACUGAUGCGCAAAAGGCUGCUGAUAAUAUUAAUUACGACGCUAGAAAUUAUGAAUAUGAUAGUCAUGGAGCAAAUAAAUAUAAAUACACUCAAAGCAGUAGUCAGGCGCGGUCGGGCUACGAAAAAAGCAACAGUGCCAGCGCCGACAGUGAUCAUAAAACAAGCAGUAGUUUGAUCUACGCUACACCAGUGAGGGUCUAUAUACGACCUGGUACUAGAAUAGCGAUUCCGGUAGCGGCUCAAGUUUAUGACACGAAUGCAGCACUAGAUACAAUACACUCUGAUUCGGAAAUCUUAGACACUACUGGAAAGCGACUAUAUUAUAAACCUACAACUGAUGCGAAACAUUAUGAAUCUUCAUACAGCUAUCGUAAAGAAUGGGAAAAAAAGGACUCGAUACCAGUAACAGUAGCUCCAAUGGUGAGUCUGAUUCCAACGAACAGUGAGCUGUACGAGGACGCACAAUUGUCACAGCUAGCCAGUAAAAAGUAUGAAAGCGAUUUAGCCUCAGCAGUUAAUAGUCAUGCAAGCAGCGCGAACAGCGCUUACUUAAGUGGAUAUAGUGCGAGUACCAAAAAUGCAUUAUCUAAUCAAUCACGACGUCAAAGUCAAACAUAUGAUUCCGGAGCUAGUGCUUUAAAUGCUUACAAUUAUGGAACCAGUGCUUCAAAUGCAUACAACGCUGGAGCCAGUGAUUCAAGUGCUUACACUCAUAAAGCUUAUGAUGCAGCAGCAGCUAAUCUGCUGAGUUCUCAUAUUUCAGAUGGUACAGUUAAUUCAAAUAACCUCGUUGAAGGUAUUGAUUCUAAACCGAAAAGCUAUCAUUCUUCAUAUUCCUACCAUAAGUCAUGGGAAAGGCGUGGUGAUCCAUAUAUUAUAAAACCAGUAGAUGGCGAACAAGCAUUGCAAAGAUUAACAGCUGCAUCUGCAAAACAAGGUUAUGCCUGUACUUAUUGCUUAGAUGACAGUCAGCAACGUGUAAGACGAUCAAUAAAUAUAGAUGACAACCGACAUACUCGAUCUCCUUGGGGCACACUAGAAGAUUUGGGUCAACAAACUCAAACACAAUGGGAUAAGCUAGGAGAUUUCGGUCAACACACUCGAUCUCGUUGGGGCAAUCUAGAAGAUUUGGGUCAACGUACUCAAACACAAUGGGAUACGGUAGGAGAUUUCGGUCAACAAACUCGAUCUCAUUGGGGCAAUCUAGAAGAUUUGGGUCGACAAACUCAGACACAAUGGGAUAACCUAGGAGCUUUAAAUCAACAAACACAAUCUCAUUGGGGCAAACUAGAAGAUUUGGAUCAAAAACCCCGCUCUCAGCAUAGACUAGAAGAUUUAGGUCAACACGCCCAAAAUCAAUGGAAUAAUCUUGGACAUCUCAAUCAACAAACAGAGGGUUUUGGGGGUAAACUAGAAGAUAUGGGUCAACGAAGUCAUGCUUCUUUAGGUAAAAACCUAGAAAAUUUGGGUCAAAAUCUAGAAGAUUUUGGUCAACGAACUAAUGAUUAUGUGGGUAAAAAUCUAGAAGAUUUGGGUCAAAACCUAGAAGAUUUGGGUCAACGAACUAAUGAUUAUGUUGGUAAAAAACUAGAAGAUGUGGGUGAACAAACUCAAACACAAUUUGAUAAGCUAGGAGAAUCUUUAAAUCGAUUUACUCGAUCUCCUUGGGGCACACUAGAUGAUUUGGGUCAACAAACUCAAACACAAUGGGGUAACCUAGGAGAAGCUUUAAAUCAACAAACACAAUCUCACUGGGGCAAUCUAGAAGAUUUGGGUCAACGUACUCAAACACAAUGGGAUAAGGUAGGAGAGUUAGGUCAACAAACUCGAUCUCGUUGGGGCAAUCUAGAAGAUUUGGGUCAACGUUCUCAAACACAAUGGGAUAACGUAGGAGAUUUCGGUCAACAAACUCGAUCUCAUUGGGGCAAUCUAGAAGAUUUGGGUCGACAAACUCAGACACAAUGGGAUAACCUAGGAGCUUUCAAUCAACAAACACAAUCUCAUUGGGGCAAACUAGAAGAUUUGGAUCAAAAACCCCGCUCUCAGCAUAGACUAGAAGAUUUAGGUCAACACGCCCAAAAUCAAUGGAAUAAUCUUGGACAUCUCAACCAACAAACAGAGGGUUUUGGGGGUAAACUAGAAGAUUUGGGUCAACAAACUCAAACACAAUGGGGUAACCUAGGAGAAGCUUUAAAUCAACAAACACAAUCUCACUGGGGCAAUCUAGAAGAUUUGGGUCAACGUACUCAAACACAAUGGGAUAAGGUAGGAGAGUUAGGUCAACAAACUCGAUCUCGUUGGGGCAAUCUAGAAGAUUUGGGUCAACGUUCUCAAACACAAUGGGAUAACGUAGGAGAUUUCGGUCAACAAACUCGAUCUCAUUGGGGCAAUCUAGAAGAUUUGGGUCGACAAACUCAGACACAAUGGGAUAACCUAGGAGCUUUCAAUCAACAAACACAAUCUCAUUGGGGCAAACUAGAAGAUUUGGAUCAAAAACCCCGUUUUCAGCAUAGACUAGAAGAUAUAGGUCAACACGCCCAAAAUCAAUGGAAUAAUCUUGGACAUCUCAAUCAACAAACAGAGGGUUUUGGGGGUAAACUAGAAGAUAUGGGUCAACGAAGUCAUGCUUCUUUGGGUAAAAACCUAGAAAAUUUGGGUCAAAAUCUAGAAGAUUUUGGUCAACGAACUAAUGAUUAUGUGGGUAAAAAUCUAGAAGAUUUGGGUCAAAACCUAGAAGAUUUGGGUCAACGAACUAAUGAUUAUGUUGGUAAAAAACUAGAAGAUGUGGGUGAACAAACUCAAACACAAUUUGAUAAGCUAGGAGAAUCUUUAAAUCGAUUUACUCGAUCUCCUUGGGGCACACUAGAUGAUUUGGGUCAACAAACUCAAACACAAUGGGGUAACCUAGGAGAAGCUUUAAAUCAACAAACACAAUCUCACUGGGGCAAUCUAGAAGAUUUGGGUCAACGUACUCAAACACAAUGGGAUAAUGUAGGAGAGUUAGGUCAACAAACUCGAUCUCGUUGGGGCAAUCUAGAAGAUUUGGGUCAACGUACUCAAACACAAUGGGAUAAGGUAGGAGAUUUCGGUCAACAAACUCGAUCUCAUUGGGGUAAUCUAGAAGAUUUGGGUCGACAAACUCAGACACAAUGGGAUAACCUAGGAGCUUUCAAUCAACAAACACAAUCUCAUUGGGGCAAACUCGAAGAUUUGGAUCAAAAACCCCGUUCUCAGCAUAGACUAGAAGAUUUAGGUCAACACGCGCAAAAUCAAUGGAAUAAUCUUGGACAUCUCAAUCAACAAACAGAGGGUUUUGGGGGUAAACUAGAAGAUAUGGGUCAACGAAGUCAUGCUUCUUUAGGUAAAAACCUAGAAAAUUUGGGCCAAAGCCUAGAAAAUUUUGGUCAACGAACUAAUGAUUAUGUGGGUAAAAAUGUAGAAGAUUUGGGUCAAAACCUAGAAGAUUUGGGUCAACGAAGUCAUGCUUCUUUGGGUAAAAACCUAGAAAAUUUGGGUCAAAGCCUAGAAAAUUUUGGUCAACGAACUAAUGAUUAUGUGGGUAAAAAUGUAGAAGAUUUGGGUCAAAACCUAGAAGAUUUGGGUCAACGAACUAAUGAUUAUGUGGGUAAAAAACUAGAAGAUUUGGAAGAACAUAAGUGGAGCUACUUCGAUAAUCUAGGUCAGCAAGAGAACCUGGGACAGCAAGCUCAAUCACAGAAUGUAGCAAGCUUCGGUCAAGAAACGCAAAAUACGGCAAAUGGUUAUACAGGAUAUCAAUUUUAUCAGCCAUGGACUGUAGAUGGGAGAUUUGUUCCAUAUUAUACAAAUUACAGAGAGAUAAAUGGAUUGCCAUAUUAUGUACAAGAACCGCUAGAAAAUAUAAGCAAGAGAAAGGAUUGUCAUAAUUUAGAACACGGGAGCUAUUUUCACCAUCAUAAUAUCGAUUUUAAAGAAAGUCAAGGUGCAACACAUAAUUCAGAGUUCUUAUUCAAUGUUAAUCAUUUGGAUCAUUCAGGAAUACCAAAACAAAAUACAGCACAAAAUUUUGGAGAUAAACCUGAAAUUGAUAUAAACAUUCAAAGAGAAACAACUACGGUUAACUAUGUUACUUCAGAUGACAAAACGCCACAGACAACACCAAAAACAAUCACUGUUGAUGCAGUGCAAGAAAACCAUUCUACUCUUGCGAACCUACACCCCAUUGAUAUUGGGCGUGGAGACAUCGGUCCGGAAGAUAUAUUGAUAGAAACCACUAAUAUCAAUGAAAAAAAUUAUAAAACUUCGGAAGAAAUAGAAUCUCUUAGUCUAACAAAAGACCAAAUAGACAUUUCCAAAGAACCUUUGAAUUUGAGUGUAACGAGUUUACAUGAGCAAAAUAAACACAAAAUUUGGGAAGAGUUAAGUGCAGUUAUCGAAUCGUUGACUACUUCUACCGCCAAGCCAAAAGAAAAUCUUGAGAAUAAAAUUAUAAAUGUUAUUACCAUUGUGGACGAUUCUACGCCAAAAUCUCAUUAUCUUAGUUCAUCCGGUAACCCUGCAUUUAAUGACAAACAGAAUGAACUAAAACGAAUUCGUGCCACUGAUGAACAACAAGAUGAAAAAAAGAUAUCAGACAGCUUUGGACAACAUAACUGGGUGCAACAAACACAGAGCUUGGAUCAGCUAAAUAUGGGACAGUAUUUAGAGCCUUUUAAUAAACAAGAUAUGGCACAACAACUUAAGCCUUUUGAAGAACAAAAUAUGAGACCCGAUCUACAGUCUUUUGAUGAACAGAACAUGGUUCAGCAGUUAGAGUUUUUUGAAAAACAAAAUUUGGAACAACAUUUAGAGCAUAUCGGAGAAAAGGACAUUGGACAACAGUUUGGAAAUGUUGAACAGCAAAAUUUGGGGCAACAAAUGCAGAACUUUGACCAGGAGAGUAUGAAACAUUUAGAGCCAUUUGAAGAACAAAAUAUGGAAAAAUUAGAGAUAAGUCAAAAAAUUGUAGGCCAGUUACAGAAUUUUGAUAAGAAAAAUGGUAGAGAAUUACUAGAUAUUCCAGAAGAACAAACUGUAAGAAUGAAUUCACAAGAUGAUUUUGGUCAACAAAUACAAAUGUCAGCUGAUAAAAAUAUUCUACAGAAUUCAGAAACCAUCUCAAAACAAUUUGAAACAAGUCCAGGAAACCUGUAUGUACAGGAACAAAACAUACAAUAUAAAAGCCAAAAUGUUGAACCCUCCAAAAGUCACAAUGAUAUUUCACCUCCUAUAGAACCAACUACAGAAAAAUCUGGAUUUUGGGGCUCAGUAUGGAAUAAGACUAAGAGAGCUAAGGAUUCUGUAGUAUCAUGGUUUAGUAGCUAACUAGCUUAUUUACUACAUUCUCAUAUAAUAAUUUGACUUUGUUAGGUAUAGAAAUGGUGCAUAAAAAAUUGUUUACUUACAUCAGUCAAAGAGUGAAAGUAUUUAACAAAUGCUUGUUGCUGUACUGAAUCUGAAAUAAGAAAAAUAUUUUAUAACUAUUGUAUUUAGUAUUUAUAUUAUUAAGAUUUUCUUGAA